AUGAUCGAAGAGGCGGAGAAGCUCAGCGUCGGUAUCGAUGACAACUCUACAACGACUGACAGUAGGUCACAUGGCAAUGGUGAGAGCACAGGUAGGCAACGAAGAGGAAGCUUAGGAGCUUGUAUGAUUGAGUUAUCCCGUCCCCGCAAUAGAGUGGCAGAGUAUGGGAAUGAUGGCGGCAAUGCUCGGAGAAGGAGUGACUGCAAGAAGAUAUGUGCUGAGAAAUUUUUGUACUUCGAUUUGGAGUUGAAGUAUUCGGGAUUUUGUUUCAUAAGGGAAAGGAUCAUUUUGAGCGUUUUUUGUUUCAAAGAUCUGAGUGAAAUUGAUAUGGCUUGUAUGAAACUAGGAUCCAAAACCGAUGCAUUCCAGAGGCGAGGGCAGGCCUGGUUUUGCACAACUGGUCUACCGAGUGAUAUAGUUGUCGAAGUUGGGGAGAUGUCCUUCCAUCUUCACAAGUUUCCACUGCUUUCUAGAAGUGGAGUUAUGGAAAGAUUGAUUGCAGAAGCAUCUGAAGGAGAAGAAGGAUGUAUCAUUAAACUCUCUGACGUUCCUGGUGGAGCUAAAACAUUUGAACUUGUAGCUAAAUUUUGCUAUGGGGUAAAACUUGAACUUACUGCUGCAAAUGUGGUACAACUUCGAUGUGCAGCCGAGCAUCUUGAAAUGACCGAAGAGCAUGUUGAAGGCAAUCUUAUGUCUCAGACUGAUAUCUUUCUGAAUCAGGUGGUUCUGCGAAAUUGGAAAGACUCUUUGAAAGCGCUCCAAAGCUGUGAAGACAUUCUCCCUCAUGCUGAAGAACUUCAAUUUCCCAAAAAGUUUAUCGACUCUUUGGCUGCCAAAGCAUGCACUGACCCAAAUCUAUUUGGUUGGCCUGUCAUGGAGCAUGGGGGCCCCAUGCAGAGUCCCGGAGGAAGUGUGUUGUGGAAUGGAAUCAGCACAGGUGCUCGACCAAAAAAUUCAAGUUCUGAUUGGUGGUACGAGGACGCAUCAACUUUAAGUUUACCCCUAUACACAAGGUUGAUUUCUGCCAUGGAAUCUCGAGGGUUAAAACAGGAAAUAAUUGCUGGCUCCCUGAACUUUUAUGCGAGAAAGUACAUACCGGGGUUAAACCGUAGACAGGGUUCCAGUGAAUCCAGUAACCGUCUUGCACCAGUGGGUUCGGGAAUCUCACUGUCAGAAGAGGAUCAGAAGCUUUUGAUUGAAGAGAUUGAUCACUUACUUCCCAUUCAGAAGGGUCUAGUCCCAACAAAAUUUUUAUUUGGCCUUCUUAGAACGGCCAAGAUUAUUCGAGCAAAUCCUUCUUGCAUAUCGAACUUAGAGAAGAGGAUAGGAAUGCAACUCGAUCAGGCAACUCUUGAGGAUCUAUUGAUGCCUAAUUUUUCUUAUUCCAUGGAGACUCUAUAUGAUGUGGACUGCGUCCAGAGGAUUCUUGACCAUUUCUUGGUCAUGGAUCACGUGGUUGGCGGUGCAUCCCCAGGUUCAGUUGAUGACGCCCAACUAAUGGGAUCACCAUCUCUGACACCGAUCACGAUGGUAGCCAAGCUAAUUGAUGGGUACCUUGCGGAGGUUGCCCCAGAUGUUAAUCUGAAGCUCCCCAAGUUUCAGUCCCUUGCUGCUGUUGUUCCUGAGUAUGCACGACCCUUGGAUGAUGGUCUUUAUCGUGCAAUAGACAUUUAUCUCAAGUCUCAUCCAUGGUUGGCAGAGUCAGAUAGAGAACAACUCUGCAGGCUGAUGGACUGCCAAAAACUAUCUUUGGAAGCAUGUACCCAUGCAGCGCAGAAUGAGAGGCUGCCAUUGAGAAUAAUAGUCCAAGUCCUCUUCUUUGAGCAGCUACAAUUGAGAACUUCGAUUGCUGGUUGCUUGUUGGUCUCGGACAAUCUUGAUGGGUCAAGACAGUUAAGAAGUGGCUUGAUAGGCCAGAACGAUGGAGUUUGGACCGCAGCUGCACGGGAAAACCAGGUCUUGAAAGUCGGAAUGGAUAACAUGAGGAUGAGGGUUUCCGAGCUUGAAAAAGAGUGUUCCAACAUGAGGCAAGAGAUUGAGAAGUUGGGUCGAGUAAAAGGACCGAGCACAUGGGGAAAUGUCUCCAAAAAGUUUGGCUUUAGACUUAAGUCUCAAAUGUGCAGUGCUCAAGAGGGAUCUGUCAGUAAGCAGAACAAUCCAAGCGUGCAAAGUGAGAAGUCGAAAAAUCUACGCAGCGGAAAGCACAAGAAAAAUAUAUCUUCAGACGAAUAA